AAAACUUACAGGUAGUAUUGUUCUUUCCUCUUUCGAUUUCAACUUACCAUUUACAGGUCGGAUGACUAUUUUUGACAAUAAAUGAAACACCAGCCUUUUAGCGGCUUCGAUGAAUCACAUUUAAUUGAUGUUUGUGUUAAGUCUCUUUUUGAAAAGGCGAACGCCGGUCGCCAUAACCUAAAUUAGACUGAACCAAGACCACGUAGUCUACGGGUGGUUAUGCAUGUUUCCUCGUUAUCAGAACACGAUCAAGUCGGCGAAUAAGUGAGGAAAUACUAUAUAUUAUAUGUAUAGUAACACACUGACUGUGAAUUUUGUAUUUUAGAGAAGCGUCUAGCUGCUAGCUUCACGGUUUAAAGAGUUGAACUCCGGCAUCGAACAAAUGGUUUCUCCCGUCGUUCAGUUGUAAACUAUUUUGACUGACACCCACAUUAGCAGCAUUGAACAACGAGUCCUGUCGUCGAUCUGUCAAUUUACAGAGCUGAUAAAGUCAUGGUGGGCGUGGAGAGCAGGUCUGAGCAGGUGAGGGUGUGAUCUCUCUGCGCUUAGUCGAACCUGGCGGCAGGAAAGACUGAGACUGUUUAAGGAGACAAAGAAUGGCCCGAAAUGUGAACUUCGAUCUGAGCCACCCCCUCAUGGAAGCUGGACUGGAAAGCCCAGCAGAUGAGGAAGGUGUUCAUGACUCGUUCAGCCAGCUGAUUGCAGAGCAGAGUGAGACUGGAGCACCGUCUGAAGCCUUUGAGCUGCAGCAGCUACAGAGGGAGCUUGAAGAGGAGGGUCGAGACAACGUUGACAACACUCUGAGUCCUGGACAUGAGUUCAGGAGAAGGAGGCAGGGUGGAACGGAUGAGGAUUUGGAGGACGAAAGACAAGCAGACCCACUCGUAUUUGAUCGCUGGUCUUCAGCCACCAUGAAGAUCUUGUCCUCCAUGCCCAGUCGCACCAUUGGUCGCAACAGGGGAGCCAUCAUCUCUCAGUACUACAACCGGACCAUGAAACUUCGCAGGGACAAGCAGAGCCGACCCUCCAUCCGAGACUUCUCUCGCUCUGCCAGACCAAGCAUACGAGGCCACGGCAUGGAGGAGGACGCCGUGGAUGGAGAGGCGAGUAAGAGGGAUCGUUUGGUGAACAACCUGCAGAACCUGUCGGUGAGCGACAGAAUCAAGAUGCUGCGAGAGAUGCCUCUGAGUGUGGCUGAGAAGAGUGACCUCAGGAGUUCAGCUUUACGAAAGGAAAAACGCACACGAAGCAGUAAGCUUCCCUGCUGCAGUCAACUCAAAUACUACAUCAUCAUCGCGCUGAGACAGAGCUGGUACCAGUGGUUGUCCUUCGUGCACUCGCUCCAGCUGUGGCAAGUGCCACUAAAGAGAGUUAGCGGCCGCUUUGGCACCGGGGUCCUGUCUUACUUCCUCUUCCUCAAGACCCUACUCUUCUUCAACCUCUUCCUUUUUGUGGUCACGGGGGCAUUUCUGGUGCUGCCUCAGAUAGUGCACCAUUGCGCGUCGUCGGCAGAGAGACCCGCGUUCUCUGGACUGGAGCUCCUCACGGGAGCGGGCUAUUUCUCAGACUCGGUGAUGUACUAUGGACACUAUUCUAACUACACACUUGGUGAGAGCUGCAGCGAUGGCACCAGGAGCCACCUCUCGUACAACAUGCCCAUUGCGUACUUCUUCACCAUAGGAGUGGCCUUUUUCAUCAAGUGCAUCAUCCUUGUUUACAGCAUGUCAAAGUCGUUCGGUCAGAGUUUCAGGAUCGACAAGUCUCAUGGUAUCUUGGCCAUGAAGGUCUUCUGCUCCUGGGACUUCAAGGUCAUCAAGAAGCCGUCUGUCAAACUCAUGUCUGAAAACAUCUGCACACAGCUCAAGGAGCUGUUGGCAGAGGUGAAUCAUAAGCAUGUCCAGAAGACUGUGUGGCAGAUGCUUGGGAGACUGAUGGUUCACGGUCUGGCAUGGGCUAUUUGCAUAGCAAGCACCACUGGCUGUGUCAUCGCCAUUUACUACUUUUCCGAUUACAUUCUCAAGCCUCAGCAUCUUCUGGACCCGCAGAACUCUUCUGCCCCACUGAACUGUACGAUGAGUGAGGCCAGACUGUUGGCGCUGCCUGUGCUGGUGUCCCUCAUCAACCUGCUCUUGCCCGGCCUGUUCAACCUCGCAGCCUGGAUGGAGGACUACGAGUCACCGUCUGUACAAACAUACGUCGCCAUCGGCCGGAACUUGAUGCUGAAAGUGAGCAUACUUGCAGUCCUCUGCUACCACUGGUUAGGCCGGGUGGUGGCUGAACAAAACAGACUUUGUCUUACGUGCUGGGAGACCUUUGUCGGUCAGGAGCUGUAUCGCUUCCUGCUGAUGGACAUCAUCUUCACUCUCAUGUACACCUUGUUUGGAGAGUUGUUUUGGAGGUUGUUUUCAGAGAAGGUGCUGCGAAAGAAGAGGAAACCGGUGUUUGAUAUCGCCAGGAAUGUCUUGGAACUCAUCUACGGGCAAACAUUAGCCUGGUUGGGAGUUCUCUUCAAUCCUCUUUUACCUGCGGUGCAGAUUCUCAAACUACUGCUGCUUUUCUACAUUAAGAUGAGCAGCGUGAUGAUGAACUGCCAGGCCCCCAGGAAGCCAUACAGAGUCAGCCAGAUGACCACCAUCUUCAUCACUCUGCUCUGCUUCCCCUCGUUCCUCGGCGCCUCCGUGUGUGUCACGUACACCAUGUGGAGCAUCAAACCAUCCACUUCAUGCGGUCCGUUCCGUGGGCUCGACAAGAUGUUCCAUGCGGGGAAACGCUGGAUGGACGAGCUAAAAAACGAUAAUCCCAACCUAACCGUGCUGGCCAGCGCUCACGCCUACCUGGUGGAAAACCCUCUCUUCCUGUUUGUCGGAGCUGGCGUCUUCCUGAUAGUCAUCUACUUCCACAGUCAGGUGGUGGACGGUCAAAGGAAGAUCAUCAGUUUACUCCAGGAGCAGAUAGAGAACGAAGGAGACGACAAAAAGUUCCUGAUAACUCGCCUCCAGUCCAUCCACGAGAAACGGAAACAGACUCCCACUCGACGGCUCACCAGCCAGGACUAAGUCUCUCUUUGUCCUGAAGACAGUCCACAGUUCAUAAUUUAAACCAGCGGCUGUAUAACUGGAAUAGUAACCGGGAAAGACAAGGGAUCGAACACAUUACGCCUUUAGCCUCGUGUUAAUAACGACUGCUGGCUGUGUGGGAGGAACAUGUGAAUAAGCUGUUGGCCUUAUAAACGACUGUAUAGUUUAAAUGUCUGAACUCAGACUAUAGGAAUCCUGUGAAUCCAGAAAACAUUAGCCGUGCAUAACUAGCGAUAGACGUCGUGGCUGCGUGAGACACUUGAAAAGACGGGGUUAAACUGGACGGCCUGGUUUGAAGAGGUAAGCAGCGAGCAGGCGACUGUCGGUGUAAUAAGACGGGCAUAAUGCAUUUCAGACCUUCUCUUGUAGAAGCACUUUUGUACAACUGUGAACAAAUAGUUUUUAAUUCUCAUUUCUGCAAAAUGUAUAUAUAUAUUUUUAAAUACUUUUAUGAGUGUGUAUGUCAUAGGUGAACUUGGAGUUCAUGGGUGCGAGAAUGUCUGAGAAUGUACUGUAAAUGACUCUUUUGAUGCAACUGUACUUUAUCAAGUAAAUUAUGUUUUAUCAAAUCA